CCAGGCGGCUUCCUCUUGCCCGUUGACCGUGCCUCGCCCUGUGGACAUGGCUCAGAGUGGUCUAACGCACUGCUCCGACUAGUUUAGAGACACGGGGGUCUCAGUGGAUUAACCCCUUGCUCCCCGCAUUGCUGCCGGGACCACGCACGAGAGUGGCUACCUGGCUGCACCACGCCAGCCGGGCGUGGAGGGGCUGAAGCCGGGGAUGGUGUGAAGGGAGGGCAAUGUCGAGCUGGCCGAGCACACGCACGCGGGCAGGGUAAAUGCCCUGGGAGGCAGCAGGGUGGGGGUCAAACCGCUUGGUCUAAGCAGCUUAGGAGCGAUUAUGCUGCUGAUUUAAACGCCCGCGGGCGCCGGGGCCAGGAGCGGGAGCGGCCGGGGGAAGUUGCCGGAGGCAGCUGGCUGCAGAGGGAGUUACCACUUGAGGGGCCCGGGACAUCUCGGCGGAGCACAGGGGAAGAUGCCCGUGAUCAACAUCGAGGAUCUGACCGAGAAGGACAAGCUGAAGAUGGAAGUGGAGCAGCUCAAGAAAGAAGUGACGUUGCAGAGAGAAGCGGUGUCCAAAUGUUCUGAAGAGAUCAAGAAUUACAUUGAAGAAAGAUCUGGCGAAGAUCCUUUGGUUAAGGGUAUUCCUGAAGAUAAGAAUCCCUUUAAGGAGAAAGGAGGCUGUGUCAUUGCAUAAAAUCUCUCCUGCAACUGGAACAUGUAGUAUUAUCCCUUAGUUGAAUGACUAGCUGUCCUCGGUUCCAUCGGUCCUUGGAUUUUUCUAAGAAAAAAAAAAGAAAAAACACAUAUAGAACGAGGCUCUCGUUACCCAUUCUGUAGGACACAGCUGUAUCUCACUACUUGAUAUGGCUUUGUCUGCUGAAGAUCUUCCCUUGGAGGGGCCGGAUCCUGAACGUUGUUCUAAAGGACAUUCGCUUCUAGUGUCUGCUUAGCAUGACAUGUCUCGGCCGUUGUGUUUACUGAGUAGUUUCAAUAAAAAACAACUUCUGCCUGGAAA